ACGUCAACAUGGGCGGGAGGAUACUAGUUGGAGUCUUUCUUAUUUUAUGCAGCGCGUGGCAAGUGCAUGCGGCAGUGGCCAACUGUACGGCUGCAGGCCGCUUCGCCGACUCCAGCGACCCCACCUGUCAAAACUUCACCCUCUGCGUUUACAACCCCUUCAGCGGCAACUACCUCUCCUACUACAACCGUUGCCCAACAACCUCUGUAUUCAACCCCAACACGCAAAGAUGCACUACCAACUACGUAUGCAACAAUACUUCGACCAACCCGGUAUCUGCUUGUGUAGACGAGGGAUUCUUCGAAGAUGAGAACUCUACGGACUGUACAACUUUUAUUGCUUGCGUAGCGCUUGGCGGGAGCUUCAUAGAAACGAAAUAUACUUGUCCAACAGGGUCGUACUUUGACCCGAUUUUGGAGGAUUGCUCGUUCAACUACUUGUGUCCUACCGUGUGUACCGCAGCGGGGAGGUUCGCUAACACGGCCGACAAAACGUGUGCAACUUUCUACAAUUGUGUUGCUGCGCCCGGUGGUGGCUUCGUGUUGGCUCAAUAUACUUGCCCUUCGCCGUCUUUGUUUAAUCCUAGAACUAAGCUAUGUUCUACUAGGUACACGUGUACAUAAAUAACAAAGGAAUAUUUCUUCGCACGAGUACACAAGUCUUAAGAG